AUGUUUAUCAAGCCUCCCUCCAGUUCAAAACCGCCUAUCGUGCGGAAUCCAAGAGCAUGCACCGUUUGUCGUGCAGCGAAGAUGAAAUGCGUCGGGGCAGAAGAUGGUCUCAGGUCUUGUCAAAGGUGCAAACGAACAGGCGUAGAUUGUAUCUUUGAAAAACAUCGCAGAGGGCGUAAACCCGGGUCAAAGUUAUCUGAAGCAUCUAAAAUGCUCCGACGAUUAGAGAAAGGAUUGAACACAGCAAAACUCAAGCAAAGUGACUCAUCGUUGUCGACGGUAUUCCCCGCCGACCCGCGUACUCCUCAGACAGAAAGCUCCCAGUUUGGCGGACUGCAGCCGUCAGAUGCUUAUGGUUCCGUUGACGGAUAUGCCGCUUCCAGCGUCAGUUCACGCACCGUUGAUCCAGAGGAGGAUGACGACGGGGAACGGAGUGACGAGAAAUUCCCCGCGAAAUUGAUCAGGAAGGAAAAUUCCUUUUUCAGGACCAUCCUCAACCCAGAACACAAGUCACCAAUGCCCCAUGUGUCUCGAGAUCCUUACCUCGUUCAGUCAUUGCGCCCAGCGCCUCUUCCCGUCGGUUUCAACGAUCCAAUCACAGCCGGCCUAAUCAAUGAAAACAAAGCAAAAAUCCUCUUCGAUGCAAUCUUCCUUCGACUAAAUCCAUUUAUCAAUCUUUUCGAUCCAGCUUUACAUUCUGUUGCCUACGUGCGGUCCAAAUGCCCUUUGUUAUUUACUACCUUGAUAAUGGCUGGCUGCAAAUUCUUCGAACCGAGCUUAUACAAGGACUGUCUGAGGCUUGCUAAUGAACUUGCAGUUCGGGCAUUCGCAGAAGGUUGGAAACGAGUAGAAGUGAUCCAAGCAUUUGCGUGCCUUACUUAUUGGAGAGAACAAGAUGACAAUCGGACAUGGAUGUAUAUUGGAUAUGCGUGUCGGAUGGCCGUAGAGCUUGGUCUCAACCGAUAUCAUGCAAAACCUCCUGCUCACGAAAGCGACUUCCAGCUUCGUGAAAGACGAAACCGAGAGAGGACAUACCUUGUCCUCUUUGUGCAUGACCGGAGCCUCAGCAUGCAGACGGGUCGGCAUUGGAUGCUUCCUGAAGAUGACUUUAUAAGGCAUUCUGCUACCUGGCAUGAGCAGGGCGGGUCCCCCAUUCGAUGCGAAGAUGUCGUCGUUUCCGCUUUCAUACAACUCCGUCGUAUAGCGACCGAAGCUACAGACAUGUUCCACACGAACCGGAGUCUCGCGGACGGUGGAAACAGUCAAGUCAACAUCGAUAUGGUGCUGAAAAACUGCAAUGCGAAGCUCGCCUCGUGGAACACUACAUGGGACCAUGAGAUGAGAAAAGCUAACGGAGAGUCCUUCCACUUUUCAUUCAUAAACUUCUUUUGCCUCUAUUCGAGCCUUUUCUUGAAUAGUUUUGGCGUUCAAUCCAGUGUUCCACCCGCCAACCGCACGAAUAGUCAUGUCCGCGCCUUAUCUGCGUGCUUCGAAAAUGCAUUGAGUGUGCUGGGAAUCGCAUCCAAAGACUUUAGAGAAUUUGGUGUUUUGCGCUACGGACAAGAGACAACCUCUGUUAUGACAGCAUACUCUGCCAUAUUUCUAUUGAAGGUAAUAAUUUUGCAACUUCAAAUCGAGCAACGUUGA